CCAUUUGUAUAAGUUUUUGCCGCGCAUUUACAGUUGACGUCGUCAGCAGCACUCAUAAUGGCCGACUUGGAGCGCAUAAGACUGGUMAUACUGGGUGGCGCUGGUGUAGGCAAAAGUUCCAUAAUCAAACGUUUCCUCUUCAAGACCUACACGGACAAAUAUCGUGCCACGGUCGAGGACCUCUUUAAUCGGGAAUAUGAUUUGGGCGGCGUCACACUGAAGGUUGACAUUUUAGACACUUCCGGUGAUAUGCAAUUUCCCGCUAUGCGYCGCCUAUCCAUUGCCACCGCCCAYGCUUUCAUGCUGGUCUAUGCGUCCACGUCUGCGCCGAGUUUUCAAUGUGCCAAACAGUGUUUUGAGGAGAUACGUGAGCAGCGCGCCGACUAUCAGGAUAUUCCCAUUGUUAUCGCCGGCAAUAAAUCUGAUCUGGCCAAUACACACCAAGAAGUGCGACUGGAAGAAGUCACAGACUGGGUCUACUGCGAAUUACCGCGACUAAGAGCGAAAGUGCUGGAGUGCUCCGCCAAGGAGGAUCAAAACGUGACUGACCUCUUCAAAACGUUGUUGUCACUAUCGCGAUUUCUACCCGUCGGGAGCAAUAAUGAUGGCACAAGUGGUCUCAAGCGACGCUCUUCGGCAUAUGUUAGCGCAUCGUCAAGUAGAAACAAGAAUCGUAAUGCCAGUCCUUCCGUUUUCUGUGAUAAAAAGUCCAACCUGGUCGAAGCUGUUCAUCCAGCCACCAGCAGCGGCGAUGCCAAACUAAAGCCCAGAUCUAGGUCACUCAUACGCCGUGGAUCACGCAAAACCAAACAGCAAAUCAACAACGCGUCCGAUGACUGUAAUUUGCAGUAAAGUGGCGGAAGGAGGCCAGCGUGAAACGUUGUUUGGACGAAAUUUCUUUGAAGAGCGCUAAGGAACGUCGUAUAUAAUU